CGCGCAGCCCGCGCCCCGCCGGCUCCCGGCUCCCGGCUUCCGGCCUUUUAAGGCGGGUGGCUGCGGCGGCGGCGGCCGCGCUCGGGGCGGGGAAAGCGAGGCGCGCCACGCGGGGCCGGCUCCCCGGCAAGCGUCACGCAGGCUUCUUUUGCCCAACAGCUUUGAGGGAGCAGAGAGCGGAGUGCAGGCGAAAUGGCCCUGGUGCCCUAUGAGGAGACAGCGGGAGUGGGCUUGCAGAAAUUCCACAAGCCUCUAGCCACCUUCUCCUUUGCCAACCACACCAUCCAGAUCCGGCAGGACUGGAGACAGCUGGGAGUCGCAGCCGUGGUGUGGGACGCCGCUGUCGUUCUUUGCACGUAUCUGGAGAUGGGAGCUGUGGAGCUCCAGGGCUGCUCUGCUGUGGAGCUGGGUGCCGGCACCGGGCUGGUGGGCAUAGUGGCGGCCCUGCUGGGUGCUCAUGUGACUAUCACGGACCGAAAAGUAGCAUUAGAAUUUCUUAAGUCAAAUGUUCAAGCCAACUUACCUCCCCAUAUCCAACCCAAAGCUGUUGUUAAGGAGCUGACCUGGGGACAAAAUUUGGGGAGUUAUUCAUCUGGAGAAUUUGACCUGAUACUUGGAGCUGAUAUCAUAUAUUUAGAAGAAACAUUCGCAGAUCUUCUUCAGACUUUGGAACAUCUCAGUAGCAAGCGCUCUGUGGUUCUUUUAGCUUGCCGAAUUCGCUAUGAACGGGACAACAACUUCUUAGCGAUGUUGGAGAGGCAAUUUACUGUGAGUAAGGUUCACUAUGAUCCUGAAAAAGAUGUACAUAUAUACAAAGCACAGAAGAGAAACCAGAGGGAGGACUUAUAGUUGGCUUUAAUUUAUAAGAAUGUUGUUAUUGAGUGCCAGUGAAGGUCUUUGGGAAUUGAACCAUAUUUAAUGAAAUGGAUUACUGAACGAAAAGUCUAACCAACGGUUCUCAAGGGCCAAAGCACACGAUUAAAACAAAGCAGAAUUUUGUUCCAUUGCUGUGACAUAUCAGUCCUAUUUGACUCUGAAAAAUUCAGCUACCAUUAAAGGAUUAUAUAAGAUAUUUGUGUCCCAUGCUGUUCCCUCUUGAUUCAGUUUCCCUGAUGAUGUAAUGAAGGGUUGGUAUAAGCGUGUCUUUAAAGCAGUGAGCUUGUUUUGGGAGGUUAACCCAUGCAAAUUAUUUGACACGCAUUUGAGAUGUAGGUUUAGCCCAGUUUUCUAAUUUUGUGAAUGUAAAGCAAGAGGCUUGAUGUAUAUCCCCUGAGCUGUUAAUGCUCUUGAGAACUUUUUGUCUGCCCCAUUUAGGGCUAAGUAGUUUUGGUUAUUUGAGAGUAGGAUAUGAGUUCCUGGAGGUUCUCAUUUCAUGCUUUUUGGCUUAAUUUCUGAUUUAGGUAUAUAAACAAAGGAUUAAAUACAAAUAAAAUUUUAGCUACUUUUUGAAAACUAAAAUCUUGGCUCUCCACGUGCUGUGCACAGGCUAUCUUCCUCAAAAGCUAUAGGUUUUCCCUUAGCACUCCCCUUUUUCAAAUGUUGUUCUAGUGUUUCUUGCUUAGACUUUCCCCUCCUCUUUGUAAUGCAUAGGGUGACAAUGAAAUCGGUUUUAAAUCUCACCCCUUCAUGGGAGGUUAGCUUCCUGAGGAGAAGCUCCUUCUAUACUGGAUUCUCCAGAAGACCGGGGCAGGGGGAACCCGCUGGAGAACCAGGACUGUUCCGUGCCUCUUCCCUGGCUGCCUCCCAGUAGUGUUGAAUGAAAAAGAUACAUUCCAUUUAGAGAGGACUGGUCUUUGGGGUAAAUGAUUGCUUCGUUGUUUUAUGAUUACCUUUGACAGACCUUAUGAAUGAAGUCACACACAUUUUUUUUUUUAACAAGGUACAAGCUUAACAGCUUCAACAAAUUUAGAUAAGAAGAAUAUUAUAAUCUCAGUAUGGUAUUUGGUACUAGAGAUAGAUUUCCUUUGUAAAACAUUAGAAACAAGACCUCUUUCCUCUUAACCUUUCAAUGACUAUCUUGGAUGUGAAAAUACCCAAUACGUUAUUUUCUGCAUAUAUUUUAGAGGUUUUACUUUAAUAAAGGUGAAUUACGAAUUAAAA